UGUUCUGCGCUCGCCCUGCGCUCCCAUUUCCCCUAUUAACCAGAUAUAUAUCUAUAUAUAUAUAUCUCCAUAUAUAUCCGUACUUAUGUGCCCGACUUGUUUAAGCAAAUAUUAUCGCUAGAAAUAAUAAGAAGCAGCAAGUGGUGAAGUGAUUGCAAACGAGAAAAAAAAAAGAAAUAGAAUUAAAGAAAGAAAAAAUAGCGUAGCACAAAAAUCCGCCGGAUUCGGAAACGGAACCGCCAUGCACACGUUAUUCAGCGACCAGAACUCCUUUACGCGGCACUAUGCCCAGACCGCCGCCGGUUACGGAUCGGCAUCGGCGGUGGCGGCGGCCAGUAGCGCCUCGGCGGCAGCGGCGGCCCAUUACGCAUACGACCAGUACUCCCGCUAUCCGUACUCGGCCAGUGCCUAUGGCCUGGGUGCCCCGCAUCAGAACAAGGAGAUCGUGAAGCCCCCCUACUCCUACAUAGCCCUCAUUGCCAUGGCCAUUCAGAAUGCGGCCGACAAGAAGGUGACCCUGAACGGGAUCUAUCAGUAUAUCAUGGAGAGGUUUCCCUACUAUCGUGACAACAAGCAGGGAUGGCAAAACUCCAUCAGGCACAAUCUCAGCCUCAAUGAGUGCUUUGUGAAGGUGGCGCGGGAUGAUAAGAAACCGGGAAAGGGCUCGUACUGGACCUUGGAUCCCGAUUCCUACAACAUGUUCGACAAUGGUUCCUUUUUGCGGAGGCGACGUCGCUUCAAGAAGAAGGAUGUGAUGCGGGAGAAGGAGGAGGCCAUCAAGCGGCAGGCCAUGAUGAACGAGAAGCUGGCCGAGAUGAAGCCACUGAAGCUGAUGACCAACGGCAUUCUGGAGGCCAAGCACAUGGCCGCCCAUGCGGCCCACUUCAAGAAGGAGCCACUGAUGGAUCUGGGCUGUCUGAGCGGCAAGGAUGUGUCCCAUGCCGCCAUGCUGAACUCCUGCCACGACAGCCUGGCCCAGAUGAAUCACCUGGCCGGCGGUGGGGUGGAGCAUCCCGGCUUCACCGUGGACUCGCUGAUGAAUGUGUACAACCCGCGGAUCCAUCAUAGCGCCUAUCCGUACCAUCUGAACGAGGACAAUCUGGCCUCGGUGGCCAGCAGUCAGAUGCAUCAUGUCCACCAUGCGGCGGCGGCCCAUCAUGCCCAGCAAUUGCAACGCCAUGUGGCGCAUGUGGCCCAUCCCCUGACCCCCGGCGGCCAGGGGGCUGGGAUUCAGUCCUCGGGUCAUUCGCCCACCACGAUCUCAACGCCCCAUGGACCUGCGCACGGGGGUUGGUACACCCCGGAAACACCGCCAUCGGAACCCAUUCCCCACAAUGGUCAGCAGGGAACACCCACCCAUCCGGGCCAUAAUAAUAACAACAAUAGCAGCAGCGUACUCAAUCACAAUGGAGUGGGAAAUGGAGGAGGAGCAGGAGGUGGAGGAGGAGGAGGCGGCGGCGGCGGCGGAGGAGGAUCCUCCAGUGUCCUCACCAGCAGUCCCACCUCGGCACUGGGUUUCCGCGACAUGAUCUUCGAGCAGAAUCAAUCCUGCCAACUGGACACGGGCAGUCCCACCGGCAGCCUCCAGUCCGCCAGUCCGCCCGCCUCCGCAUCCGUUGCAGCGGCCUCGGCGGCAGCGGCGGCGGCGGUGAUCAGUAGCCACCAUCAUCAUCAUCACCAUCAUGCCGCACUCAGCGGGAACCUGGGCCAGCUGGGACAGCUGGGCAACCUGAGCCACUACCGGCCACAUGUGGGUCACUACCAGGAGUACGGCAUCAAGUACGGGGUCUAAAAACAUCGGAUUUGGAUCCCCACACACACACACGCAGCUGGGCUCUCUUGUAUAUGCCUGUAAAUAUACCAUAUAUAUACCCAAGAACGAGCCACAGCUCUAGGAUCCUGUUAGAUCCAGAUUCUUGUAUCUCAGAUCUUAUAUUGUUUUCCAUCUUGUUUUUGAUUGUACUGUACUGUAUACUGUAUACGAAAAAUGGGGGGGUUCUAGUUGUUAAGCAACCGCAUUAUUGUAUUAACUGUAAUUUGUAACUGUAGCCCGUAAUUGUUAUCGAGUUUAGGCUUAGUCCCAAUUGUCUGCUAUGCAAUUUGUGAUGAGAUGAGGUUUUGCUACACACACACACACACAUUAUAAACUUAACUUAGCGCAUUUUGUCAAUAACUAAAACUACCGCAUCGGAUCUAUCGCCUAGUACAGUAGCCUAGCCAACGUAAGCAAUAAUAAAUUAUACAACUAAAUCGUAGCUAUAAUAUAAUUAUCAAAACUAGCGUACAACCAAUAUG